CGAGGGCGAGAGAGGGCGAGGGGAGGAGACGGCGAGGGGCGAGCGAGUCAAAGGGACAAAAAAUGUACAAUACAAAUAUAGAAUGCAAGUGUGUGCCGGGCCGCCGCGUGUGUCCGCGUGUGUUGCGUGGCGGCGACGAGUCUUCUUCGCGGCCACGAAGCCAUUCCCGGCAAAGAGGCAGAGAAGAGGGGAUAAAGAAAUGUAUAUGGAGACAGGGCAGUCACGGCUGGCGUACGAUCAGUCUUCCGCGCGGCCCGGGAGGGGGAGGGGGGUUCGAGCCCCCCUCACGGUCACCCGGCCAGUAUCGCGGCCCCGGCUUGCCUCGCGGGGCUCUCAGUCCUCAGUGUGAGCUAAGCUGUUGGCGAGGAAGGACUAUGUCGCGUCUCGACAGCUAACGCUGCGGUAAUGUUGGUCCGCGGCCGAGUAAAGACUCCGAACGAUUCCCUCCGAGCAGCAGGAAUGUCCGGCGCGGCGGUGCCACUCGCGGCGAACUAAAGUUGUGGCCGAUCAACAAUGUGGAGCGCGGGAGUGGGCGAUGGCAGGCUGGCGCUGGUCUUGGUCGUGUGGCAAGUCGCGGUGUGUGGCGUGGCGUGCCAGGCUGCGGCGGCGGCGGCGGCGGGGGCGCGGUUCGGCGGCGGCGGCGGCGAUAAGUGUGAGAGCCGCGCCCUCAGUGCCCGGGAACGCGCCCUUUCCUGCUCCCUCAAGGCGCUGGAGGAGGAGACGAGAGUGGCCAACUUGAGCCGCGUGGCGGCCGACACCGUGGUGCGGCUCAGCCUCGGCUGCAGCGCCGAGUUCUACUUACCGAGUGUCCUCUCCCCGCACACGCUCUCCGGCUUCGUGAGGGUGCGGGAGCUCAACGUGGAGUUCUGCAAGCUCAGUGAACUCGACGACAAUGUGUUUGUUAACCUCAGAAACCUUAGAAACCUUACCCUUCGGACUAGCAACUGGGAGUGGCCGCGGCGGAGCCUCUCGCUGCGGCCCGAUGUGUUCCGUCCUGUGCAGCAGCUCCAGCGGCUCAACCUCAGCACCAACAGCAUCUGGGAGCUGCCUCCGGGUGCCUUCUGCCACCUGGGCAGCCUCAAACAGCUCAAUCUAAGUCACAACCACCUGCAGGACAUGACACAGCUGGGCUUCGGGGGGAGCGAGGCGGGCAGGCCCGGGGGGCAGACGUGCCGCUCGGGCCUGCGUUCCCUCGACCUGUCCUACAACGACGUGACGGUGCUGGCGUCGGGGUCGCUGCAGGGGCUGUUCCGCCUGCAGGAGCUGUGGCUGCACCACAACGAGCUGGCCAAGCUGGACGACAACGCCUUCCUGGGCCUGGCCGGCCUGCACACCCUCGACCUCUCCCACAACCGGCUGGUGGCGCUGCCCGAGGACGCCUUCCUGCACACGCCGGACCUGGAGUCGCUCCACGUCAGCAACAACUCGCUGGCGGGGCUGGCGCCAGGCAUCUUCAGUAGCCUCGAGCACCUGGUGGAGCUCGACCUUUCGCACAACGAACUCAAGUCGGAGUGGCUCACGUCGUCCAUCUUCGAGGGCCUCAUCCGCCUGCGGGUGCUGAGCCUCUCCUACAACAAGAUCAGCCAGCUGAGCCAGCAGGUCUUCCACAACCUGUACCACCUGCAGGUGCUGCGGCUGGCACACAACCAGCUGGCAACCAUCCCCGCCGCCGCCUUCUCCCGCUGCAUUAACCUGCACAGACUCGACCUCUCCUACAACCAGCUGGCGGUCAUCCCCGCCCGCGCCUUCCAGGGCGUGGACGUGCUCAGCUUCCUCGCCCUCGACAACAACAGGAUCAGCGAGGUGGCGCCAGACUCCCUCGACAACCUCACCAACCUGGCGGACCUCAACCUCAACGAGAACCAGCUGGCGGCCAUCCCGCGCGUGGUGGGCCGCCUGGCGCUGCUCAAGACGCUCGACCUGGGCGGGAACCUGAUCACGUCCCUGGAGGACAUGCCCGUCAAGGGGCUGCAGUUCCUGUACGGGCUGAGGCUCGUCAACAACCGCAUCGCCGGCAAUAUCUCCAAGGAUACGUUCAGUGGCAUUCCCUCCCUUAAGAUACUCAAUCUAGCGAAGAAUUCAAUCACACACAUCGAAAGUGGCACCUUCGACAACCACCCGAACCUGCAGGCAGUGCGUCUGGAUGCCAAUAAGUUGACAAGCAUUACUAACCUGUUCGGAAAGCUUCCCAACCUGAUGUGGCUCAACGUGUCGGACAACAAGAUCGAGGAGUUCGACUACCACUUUAUCCCCGUGAGCCUGCAGUGGCUGGACCUGCACAAGAACAGGAUAACUGACCUUGGGAACUACGAGGAGCGCCAGGACCUCAACCUGCAGACCCUGGACGCCAGCUUCAACAACCUGCACUACAUCAACAGCAUCCAGAUCCCGGACAGUGUGCAGCUGCUCUUCCUCAACGACAACAAGAUAUCCACCGUGGAGCCGUUCACGUUCUUCAAGAAGGCGAACCUCUCACGCGUGGACCUCUUCGUCAACCAGCUGUCAAAGAUGGACAUGUCAGCGCUGCGCCUCGACGAGAUCCCUGCCAACCGCUCCCUGCCGGAGUUCUAUUUGGGCGGGAACCCCUUCGUGUGUGACUGCAAGAUGGAGUGGCUGCAGCGGAUCAACGGGCUGGAGCACGAGCGCCAGAACCCUGUGAUAAUGGACCUGGAGAGCAUAUACUGCCAGAUGCCGUUCGCACGCACAGGCGCGUUCAUCCCCCUGGUGGAGGUGAACCCGUCUCAGUUCCUAUGCCAGUACGAGACUCACUGCUUCGCCCUCUGCCACUGCUGCGAGUUCGAUGCGUGUGACUGCGAGAUGACGUGCCCCGACGGCUGCGGCUGCUACCAUGACCAGUCCUGGAGGUCAAACAUCGUGGACUGCUCCCUUCAGGACGUGCAGCAAGUCCCUGAGCGGAUCCCGAUGGACGCCACGCAAGUGUAUCUAGACGGGAACGACCUCAAGAACCUAUCGUCGCACUCCUUCAUCGGCCGCAAGCACCUGCAAGUGUUGUACGUGAACGCGUCCAACGUGAAAACCCUCGAUAACGGGACCUUCAGCGGCUUGACGAGGCUCACAGCGCUGCACCUUCAGGAUAACCUUCUGGAGGCGCUCAGAGGCAACGAGUUCCAGGGGCUGCAGGGCGUAAGAGAGCUGUAUCUUCACAACAACAAGCUCAAGUACAUCCACCAGCACACCUUCGCCACGCUCUUGCACAUGGAGACGCUGACGCUACAAAACAACAGGCUCACAAACUUCCCCGUGUGGCGCCUCGUGGACAACCCCUACCUGAGCAGAGUCUCCCUGGCAUCAAACCGCUGGUCGUGUCAGUGCCAGUUCGUGGAGUCGUUUGGCAUCUGGCUGAACGGCAACGAGAGGAAGGCCGUGGACGGGAAGGAGAUCAAGUGUUUCCCUGAGGACGGGGACGACGGCGAGGCAGGGUCGUUCAUCACGGAGUUCAACGUGACGACCUGCAUGAACACCACGUCGUCAUCCACAGUCAUCCAGCCCAUGGCGUUAGGGAACCUCCUGCACCCGGUCAUCGCCGUAGUCAUCUCCUUCGUGGUGGUGGUGCUGCUGGUGCUCUGUUUCCUCUACCGCGGCGCCCUCAGAGUCUGGGUCUUCACGCGGUGCGGGUUCAGGCUCUGCCACAAGGCCGCUACGACGGACGACAGGGACAAGCUCUUCGAUGCGUUCGUCUCCUACAGCUCCAAGGACGAGGCGUGGGUCAACCAGGUCCUCGCCGGGGAGCUGGAGCGUGGCGAGAAGCCGUACCGGGUGUGUCUCCACUAUAGAGACUUCCCCGUCACCGCCUACAUCGCAGACACCAUCGUGGAAGCCGUGGAGUCGUCCCGCAGAACCAUCAUCGUCCUGUCCAAGAACUUCAUCGAGAACGAGUGGUGUCGCUUCCAGUUCAAGAGCGCCCACCACGAAGUCUUCAAGAAACGACACCAGCGGUUAAUCGUCGUUGUCCUGGGCGAGAUUCCGUCACGAGAUCUCGACCCUGACCUGAGACUGUACUUAAAGACCAACACCUGCAUCAAGGCCAGCGACAGCCAGUUCUGGGACAAGCUCAGAUUCGCCAUGCCCGACGUGCCAUCCAACCAGAGAGUCGUCCACGCAUACAGCUCCAUCCCCGAGCGCUCCUCCUCGUCCACCAACAAGUACAGCGUCAACAGUCCCGCCGGCGUGCACCACAACCUCCACCACCCCGGCAACGAUGCGUAUUGGGCGUAGGGGUGCGCGGGACCCGGCCUGCGCGCAAGAACACUCCGGGAGGGCUUUCACGACACCACACACCCAAGGGCCCUGUAGUGAUUCAACGGGGCUCUAUAUGAAAGAAACAGGGCUCUAACGACGUGGCUGUGAGCUCUGUAGAUACGUGACUGGGCUCUAUGCAAUGAAAAGAGCUCUAAGGGCUUGUCUAUAGGCUCUAUUGUGUGUUUAGAGCUUUGUGGCUACGUGGAGAAGCUCUAGGCACACAAAACAAGGCCCUGGUGCGACGAGCUCUAGGUUACGUGUCAAGACUUAAGUUACACGCACAGGUAGAGCUCUGUUGUGGCUUGGCAGAGCUCUACUUUAUAAGGGAUUGAGUGCGUGUGUGAAGGCAGUGAGCUGGGUUAAUGAGAGAAGCUUUAACACGUGAGGAGACGGUGAGCUUUUGAGUGUGAGAAAGGGAAGAAAAAAAGGUUGACGUGUGUGGGGUUGAUAAAGAAGGAAGAAAGUGCAGGAGAGAGUAACAGACCAAUACAUUUGAGGAUAAAUAAAGAAGGAAAUCAGUGAGGAGUUAUUGAUUGUAGAAAAUAAAUGUGUGGAGGGAUACGUGGGCAUGAAAAAGUGAGGCAGGAGUUCUCGAGUAAAUAUUAUGCUUGAAAAAAACUUAAACAAAACAAAAAAAAAGUGGAUUGGAAAGCAUAAAUUUAAAGAAUACGAAUGAAAUAAAUAAAUAACUGGCUGAAAAUAUGUCUCGUGAGUGAAAUCAAAAGAGGAGAGGAAAAAUA